AUGAUCCCAGUGGCGGAGUUCAAGCAGUUCACAGAACAGCAGCCUGCAUUCAAGGUGCUGAAGCCCUGGUGGGAUGUGCUGGCUGAGUACCUUACUGUGGCCAUGCUCAUGAUCGGGGUCUUCGGGUGCACUCUUCAGGUGACACAGGACAAGAUCAUCUGCCUGCCCAGCCACGAACCCCGAGAGAACUUAUCAGAGGCUCCUUGCCAGCAGCUGUUGCCUCAAGGGGUCUCUGAGCAGGUGGGGGGCCUCCGAGAGCUGAGUGGCCUCAAAAACAACCUAGAUCUCCAACAAUAUAGCUUUAUUAACCAGCUCUGCUAUGAGACAGCCCUUCACUGGUACGCCAAGUACUUCCCCUACCUGGUGGUCAUUCAUACUCUCAUCUUCAUGGUCUGUACCAGCUUUUGGUUCAAAUUCCCCGGCACCAGCUCCAAGAUUGAACACUUCAUCUCCAUCCUGGGCAAGUGUUUUGAUUCCCCAUGGACCACUCGGGCUUUGUCUGAGGUGUCUGGAGAGAACCACAAGGGCCCGGCUGCUGGACGGGCCAUGGUGACCACAGUAGCUGCAACAGGGGCAGGAUCGGGAAAGGCAGGUGAAGGUGAGAAGGAGAAAGUGCUGGUCGAGCCUGAAAAGGUGGUGACUGAGCCUCCAGUGGUCACCCUGCUGGACAAGAAGGAGGGUGAACAGGCUAAGGCCCUGUUUGAGAAGGUCAAGAAGUUCCGUGUGCAUGUGGAAGAGGGUGACAUCCUCCACUCCAUGUAUAUCCGGCAGACAGUGCUCAAAGUGUGUAAGUUUUUUGCCAUCCUGGUUUACAACCUGGUCUAUGUGAAGAAGAUAAGCUUUCUGGUGGCCUGUAGGGUGGAGACCUCAGAGGUCACAGGGUACGCCAGUUUCUGCUGCAACCACACCAAGGCUCACCUCUUCUCUAAGCUGGCCUUCUGCUACAUCUCCUUCGUGUGUGUGUACGGCAUCACCUGCCUGUAUACGCUCUACUGGCUCUUCCACAGGCCCCUCAAAGAGUACUCCUUCCGUUCUGUGCGCGAGGAGACGGGUAUGAAUGACAUCCCAGACGUUAAGAACGACUUUGCCUUCAUGCUUCACCUCAUCGACCAGUAUGACUCCCUCUAUUCUAAGCGGUUCGCGGUCUUCCUCUCUGAGGUCAGCGAGAGCCGUCUGAAGCAACUGAACCUCAACCAUGAGUGGACGCCUGAGAAGCUGAGGCAGAAGCUGCAGCGCAACACGCGCGGCCGGCUAGAGCUGGCCCUCUGCAUGCUCCCUGGACUGCCCGACACCGUCUUCGAGCUCAGUGAGCUGGAAGCGCUCAGACUUGAAGCCAUCUGCGACAUCUCCUUCCCCCCAGGGCUUUCCCAGCUUGUGAACCUUCAGGAGCUCAGCCUGCUUCACUCACCAGCCAGGCUGCCCUUCUCUUCACAGAUCUUCCUGCGGGAUCGCCUCAAGGUGAUCUACGUCAAAUUUGAAGAGCUCCGAGAGGUGCCCCUCUGGGUGUUCGGGCUUCGAGGCUUGGAGGAACUGCAUCUGGAAGGCCUCUUUCCCCCAGAGAUGGCUCGGGCUGCCACCCUUGAGAGCCUCCGGGAGCUUAAGCAGCUCAAAGUACUGUCUCUGCGUAGCAAUGCAGGGAAGGUGCCAGCCAGCGUGACUGACGUGGCUGGACACCUUCAGCGACUCAGCCUGCACAAUGAUGGGGCCCGCUUGCUUGCCCUCAACAGCCUCAAGAAGCUGGCAGUGUUGCGGGAGCUGGAGCUGGUGGCCUGUGGGCUGGAACGUAUCCCCCACGCAAUCUUUAGCCUGGGGGCUCUGCAGGAACUUGACCUCAAGGACAACCACCUUAGGUCCAUUGAGGAAAUCCUCAGCUUCCAGCACUGUCGGAAGCUGGUCACUCUCAGGCUGUGGCACAACCAGAUAGCCUAUGUUCCUGAGCAUGUGAGGAAGCUCCGUGGCUUGGAACAGCUCUACCUCAGUCACAACAAGCUCGAGACUCUUCCCCCGCAGCUUGGCCAGUGCUUUGGCCUCCGCCUGCUGGACGUGUCCCACAAUGGGCUUCGUUCCCUGCCACCUGAGUUGGGCCUUCUCCAGAGCCUCCAGCAUCUAGCUCUCUCCUACAACGCACUAGAGAGCCUGCCUGAUGAACUGUUCUUCUGCCAGAAGCUGCGGACAUUGCUCUUGGGCUACAACCACCUAACUCAGCUUUCACCUCAUGUGGCCACCCUCCGAACCCUCAGCCGUCUGGAGCUCAAGGGUAACCGGUUGGAGGCUCUGCCGGAAGAACUCGGUGACUGCAAGGGACUGAGGAGGUCAGGGCUGCUAGUAGAGGACACCCUUUAUGAGGGGCUGCCUGCAGAGGUGCGGGAGAAGAUGGAGGAAGAAUGAGGCCUGCUGGGGGAAGAGGCAGGAUGACCCAGAGGCCUUCAGAUGCCUCUUCUGCCCCAGCUUUGUCUUCCAGGGGGGAAUGUCUAAGAGGCCCAGGAGGAGAGGAAGGAGAGCCAGACAUGUCAGUUUUGUGCAGUUCAGACAAGAUCCUGGGACUGGUUUGUCCGGGGGAGAAAUAGGAGC